AUGUCAGUAGCGAUUCGAAGAAACUUGAAGUUAGCAGCCAAAUUUUAUGGGCCAUUCGAGAUAAUUCGCAGAAUAGGACAAUUGAAGAAAGUGGUGGGUGGUCAAGUAGUAGUGUCGAAGGAGCCAUCGCAUUGCACUGAUGAAGGGCAGAUCUUAACAGAGUCGCUUGCAAUUUUGGAACGACGCAUGGCAAAGAAGGGGAACAAGGCUGUUGUUCAAGUAAAUGCUAGGGGCGAAAAUGACAGUAAAGCUCCCUCUCGGUCAAAUACCUUUGCUCAGUUCAUCUGGCAGAAUCUUCCGACACCCUCGAUUCAUCUCCAUCAUGGCGAACCAAAGCAGCUACACUACAUUGAUUCAGCCACAGAUUAUCCAAUUCCAUUAUCUCCGCCAAUGCCUGACAUAUCUAAGGAAAUAGAGCCGCACAGAGCCUUAACUGCUUCUUUAAAAUCCUCUCUUUUUACUCUUUCGAGAAGCCAUGUUAUCUUUGAAGACGAAUGGCUCAUUGCGGUUAAUAAGCCCCAAGGAAUUUACUGUGAGACUGUUUUGUCUUCACUCCCUGCUUUACUUACUGACACUGGGGCUAAUGUUUCCGAGCUUCAUUUAGCUAAUAGACUUGAUCGUGAUACAAGUGGUGUAAUGUUGAUUACUAAGUUGCACAAAGUAGCAGCUAAGUUUGUAAAAGCAUUUGCGAGCGGCUGUUGUUGUUGUAAGGUAAGGAAAACAUACCUGGCUUUCUGUGUUGGGCUUGCUCCAAAAUGGGAAAACAUAACUGUUAAAUCAGGUCAUGGCCGAUCAAAAUAUGGAGCUUGGCGUGUUUAUGCUGCAUCAGAUGUGGGCAGGAAACUGCCAGGUGGAUCACUUUUUUUUUUUUUUUUGCAAAAUUAUGAAAUAUGAUUGAUACCCUAUAACUUUUAAAAAAUAUCAAAACCGCCAUAUUUUAAUUAUCCUACUUGAAAUAAAUAAUCAAAUAUUCUAUUGUUUAGCUGUUGUCAUAUUCUGUUUUACUUCACUACACAGAAGAUGCAGAUGGGCAUGCAUUUUCAAGUGAAAAUGUUAUUGUUUAACAUGCUAUUGUUUAACUUUUAAAAGUUAUAGGGUAAGUUUAUAAAAAUUUAAAAUUAGUAAAAAUGCAUUUUCAAUUGAAAAACUGGUAAGAACUAGUUUUUCAAAUUUAAAAAUGCAUUUUCAAGUGAAAUUGGAAAAAAACGGGUUGAAAUGUAUAACAAAACAUUGUUUUCAAAUUUUUUUUUUUGAAAAAAAGCAAAAAUUUUGUAUAUCCAAACGGGCUCUAAAUCUGUUUGCUUGCAUAGCUUCAAGUUGACGGCUGACCUCGCCUUACUUAUUUCACAAGAAUGUCUGACUUCAAUGAACCCGCAAGAAAUUGGAGUCUGAAUCCCUAUAGAAAAUUAUUACUAAUGCUAGGACUAGCAAUAUUAAUAUGACUAAUAGUU